AUGCUGCCGGCGGCCGCUCGCCCCUUAUGGGGGCCGUGUCUCGGGCUUCGGGGUACCGCGCUCCGCCUGUCCAGGCAACAGGUGCCAGGUAUCAGUACCGUGCGACAGAUGAGGAGCAGCAGCCAUCGAAGGGGUGAGGCCCUCACCGGUGCACCUCUGGAUAACGCCCCCAAGGAGUACCCUCCCAAGAUCCAGCAGCUGGUCCAGGACAUUGCCAGCCUCACGCUCCUGGAGAUAUCAGACCUCAAUGAACUCCUGAAGAAAACGUUGAAGAUCCAGGAUGUCGGACUCAUGCCAAUGGGUGGCAUGAUGCCUGGGGCUGUCCCUGCCGCAGCAGCCCCAGAGGUGGCAGAGGAAGAUAUCCCCAAACAAAAAGAACGGACACAUUUUACUGUCCGCCUGACAGAGGCAAAUCCUGUGGACAAAGUGAAGCUGAUCAAGGAAAUCAAGAACUACAUCCAGGGCAUAAACCUCGUCCAGGCGAAGAAGCUGGUGGAAUCCCUGCCCCAGGAAAUCAAAGCCAAUGUUGUCAAAGCUGAGGCUGAGAAAAUCAAGACAGCCCUGGAGGCGGUGCAUCUACAAACGCAGCAGGAGGUGAAGCUGCGCAUGACGGGCAUGGCGCUGCAGGUGGUGCGCUCCGACGGCCUCCUGGCACUCUACAAUGGCCUGAGCGCCUCACUGUGCAGACAGAUGACCUACUCCCUGACGCGGUUCGCCAUCUACGAGUCUGUGCGAGACCGCAUGACCAAGGGCAGCCAAGGGCCUCUUCCCUUCCACGAGAAGGUGUUGCUGGGCUCCAUCAGUGGUUUAGCUGGAGGCUUCGUGGGGACUCCUGCGGACUUGGUCAAUGUCAGGAUGCAGAACGAUAUGAAGCUGCCCCAGAGCCAGCGGCGCAACUAUGCCCAUGCCCUGGAUGGCCUGUUCCGCGUGGCUCGUGAAGAGGGUCUGAAGAGGCUGUUUUCGGGUGCAACCAUGGCAUCCAGCCGAGGGGCCUUAGUCACCGUGGGCCAGCUGUCCUGCUAUGACCAGGCCAAGCAGCUGGUUCUCAGCACCGGAUACCUGUCUGACAACAUCUUCACUCACUUUGUUGCCAGCUUCAUUGCAGGCGGAUGUGCCACAUUCCUGUGCCAGCCCUUGGACGUGCUGAAGACCCGCCUCAUGAACUCCAAGGGGGAGUAUCAGGGUGUUUUUCACUGUGCUGUGGAGACAGCGAAGUUGGGGCCCCUGGCCUUUUACAAGGGCCUCUUUCCUGCUGGCAUCCGCCUGAUCCCCCACACCGUGCUUACCUUUGUGUUCCUGGAGCAGCUCCGCAAACACUUUGGCAUCAAAGUACCAUCCUGACCGGCUGUGGGUAGGGUUGGGUCACCCAGGCCACCAGUGCCAAGAUUCUUCCAAAGAGUCCAAGAG